AUGAAGCUGCCACCUGUGCCUUCAGUUGCGCAGCUGCUAAGGUUGUAUGGCGUGAGAGCGCUGAAGGACCUGAGCCAGAACUUCCUCCUCGACCCCUCCAUCACAGAUAAGUUUGUGAGGCAUGCUGGGAAGUUGAAGGACAAAGUGGUGAUUGAGGUUGGUGGCGGGCCUGGAAGCCUCACUCGAUCAAUCCUCAAGGCACAACCAAGGAAGCUCUAUGUCAUCGAGAAGGACACGCGCAUGCUGCCCAUGCUCGACUUGGUGGCGGAAGCGUCAGGCGGUGUGGCAGAGAUUAUCCCUGGCGACGCACUGCACAUUGACUACGAGCAGCUCAUCACCCAAGCAAACGUCGCCACUCAACCCACGGCAGCAGAGGGUGCGGAUUCAUCAGCAGCUGCGCCGGCGGAAACAGACUUGCACAUCAUCGGCAACCUCCCCUUUGGCAUCGCCACGCCCCUGAUUCUCUCAUACCUGCGGCAGCUGUCGAGGCGUGACAGCGCGUUUGCCAGGAGCCGCCCGACACUCACGCUGUGCUUCCAGCGCGAGGUGGGCGAGCGCAUAUGUGCACCGCCGCGCACGAAGCCGCGCAGCCGCAUCUCCGUCAUCUCCCAGCUGUACGCCGAUGUGCGCCCUGCGUUUGUGAUCCCGAGCACGGCGUUCGUUCCCGCGCCAAAGGUGGAGGCCAUGGUGGUGUCGUUUCGCCCUCGCGAGCAGCUACCGGAGGGCCUGGAACAACUGACGUUUGACCAGAUGGAGCGCGUGCUCCGGAUUGGAUACGGCUCCAGGCUGAAGCGGCUGCGCCACGUGUUUUCUAAGCACGUGGGCGGCUUGCAGGCGGCAGAUGACAUGCUGGCGUCGGCCGGGUUCCCCGCGGAAACACGCGCGUUCUUCCUGUCCACACGCCAGUGGAUUGACCUCGCCACCGCCUUUUACCAGCACCAAAGCGCGGACGGUGGCGGAGGGUGA